UCAUAAACUAUGACGUUGUUACCUUGGAAAGAUAUUGGCGUCAAUUACAAAAGGCAGUGAUAAACGCGAACGCGUAUUUUUGUAAUAAACGGAAAGAUCAUUUCUUAAAUAAAACGAAAACACAUGAAUGUAUUAAAUGCACCCAGACGGCGAUAACGUCGCGUAUGGCAUUUUAAAAAUGUCUGUGCCUUACGCGGAACGUUUGGAUUUCUGGCGUAUGGUUGAGCAACGCUAUCAAGAUAGAAAACGCCGAUGGCUGGAAGCGAACGCCCGCCUUGUGGCCUCGCGACUCGCCGCCAUACGGGCGCGCAAAGAAAUGAAUAAGGCAAGACGGGAGAUGGGCAGUCCGGAAGCGGAUGAAACGGACCCUAUAAGCACCUUGGCCGCUCAUGGCGCCUCUCCCUCAAGCCUCAGUGUAGGGGCCGAACCGACGCUCGUCUCGCCCUGCGAGGAAUUUUCAGACGUUGACUCGGACAUAUUUGCAGACCCAGAUUCCAGAUAUUACAGUUCGCUUGACCUAGCCGCGUGGCAGCGAAUGCGGCAAGACCUGGUAACCAUUCACAGAAAGGACGAAAACCCCAUGGAACAACUCCGGGCGGUUCGAAAGAGGAAGUGGAUUCUUGUCUACUGUAUUGUUUUUACGCUGGUCGCCAUUGGUCUUUUCGUGAUCAUACAGCUUUUCCAACCGUACAGCAUUGAGCCCCUUACGCAGCCCCUCACGCAGUCCCUUACGCAGCCAGUCACGCAGCCAGUCACGCAGCCCCUCGAGUCCCUUGUGCGGUCCCCUCCCCCCUGCAGUCACUGUGACUCGGGCUCCAUCUUAGACGAGAUCAUAGAAAUGGUCAUCCCCGGACCCAACAUGGAUGACCAGCUGUAAGCUGCAGAGAAAACGAAAAGGGACUUCACCACAUUCCACUGCGAUACAAAACAUAUAAUAUAUUUUAAGACUGUUCUAUAUAUAAUAGCGAUAUUUUGUAAUCUCACUUCGAUGUUUUGUUUCCCAAUACAUUUUGAAAAAAAUA